AUGGGUGGCAAAGUUGACAAGUCUAUAAAUUGUGGGAAUGCUCAACCAAUUUUUAGGAUAAAUGGUCAAAAUUUUCAUUUGAUCGGAAGUUUAUUACCCACGGAUGGUAGUCAACCAAAAUUUGCACAGAUUUACAUUCAUGACACCCAACAAGAGGUCAACAAUCGUAUCAACACAUUCAGGAAUGCGGAUGGAAAAAGUAAUAUUCGUGUUGACGUUGUUGCAGACAUAAAAGAAGUACUAGAUGAGCAUAAUGUGUUAGUUAAAUCAUUUCGGAUGGCUAAGGGUGAGAUUGAAUCUAACCCCCGUGUUGAGGUUAAGACGAGGCUUAUUGGUAAAAGGAGUAGUGAUGCAAGAACUUAUAACUUACCAAAUGUUUCAGAAGUUGCAGCUUUAAUAGUUGGUGACUUUGAUCCAACGUUAGGGGAACGUGAUAUUUUGGUUGAGUCCAAAUGUGGAGAUUUGAAGCGUAUAAAUGAAUUGAAUCCAUCAUAUCUUCCCUUACAAUAUCCUAUUUUGUUUCCAUACGGUGAGGAUGGUUAUCGAGAAGAUAUACAAUUCUCUGUACCAAGCUCAAGUUCUAACGUUGGGCGGAAACGAAUAUCCCAAAGGGAGUUCUUCGCUUUUCGUAUACACGAGAGGCUUAAUGAGGUAAACACGUUGUUUUCAAAGCGUCUAUUGCAACAGUUUUUAGUUGAUGCAUACACUAUGGUGGAAUCCAGUAGACUCACAUUCAUCAGGCAAAAUCAAAAGUCUUUGAGGUGUGAAGCGUACAAAGGUUUGUCAGACGCAUUAACACGUGGUGAAGUUGAUCCUACCACUCAAGAGAUCCAACGUUACAUACAUAAACGGGGUUUGAAAGCUGAGGACAGACCAGACAUAGUGUGCCGGAUUUUUAAAUUGAAACUGGAUUCGCUAAUUAGAGAAAUCAGGGUUGGUCAAGUAUUUGGAGAGGUCAGUUCAGUUAUAUACACAAUUGAAUUUCAGAAGAGAGGUUUGCCUCAUGCGCAUAUACUUCUCUUUCUGUCAAGGAAGAGUGCAACAUUAUCCACGACAUGCAUGGAUAAUAUUAUAUCAGCAGAGAUCCUCGACAAAUAUGGAGACACCCAAUAUUACAAUGCAGUCGAGGAAUUCAUGAUUCAUGGCCCAUGUGGUGUAGUAAAUAAAAAGUCUCCAUGCAUGAUCAACGGAAAAUGUUCAAAGCAUUUCCCCAAGAAAUUUGUAGAAGCUUCUAUUUUAGAUGAUAAUGGGUACCCAAAGUAUAGGAGAUGUGAUGAUGGUAGAACAGUGUUGAAAAGUGGUACACAGUUGGACAAUCGAUAUGUUGUGCCUCAUAAUAAAUACCUUCUUCUUAAAUAUAAUGCACACAUCAACGUUGAGUGGUGUAAUCAAUCAAAGUCUAUCAAGUACCUUUUCAUGUAUAUGAAUAAGGGAAAUGAUAGGGUGACUGCUGAGUUCUAUAAGAGUACAGUUGAUGAAAAUUCUGCAGAAGUGAUAGAUGAGAUAGGCAUGUAUUAUGAUUGUCGUUAUGUGUCUACUUGCGAGGCGACAUGGCGACUGUUUAGUAAUGACGUGCAAUUUAGGAUGCCAUCGGUGGAGAGAUUGAGUUUUCAUCUACCCGACUGCCAAUCUGUGAUUUUCGAUGAUGACGACAGUAUUGAACGUGUGCUAAGUCGUCCUACGGUAGCCCAAAGUAUGUUUACUGCUUGGUUUGAAGCAAACAAGAAAUACCCAGCUGCAAGACUUUUGACUUACAUUGAUAUGCCAACUAAGUUUGUUUGGAAAAAGACAGUCCGAGAAUGGCAUCCUAGGAAGAGGAGAUUCUCGAUUGGUCGUAUCUUUUAUGUUCCGCCAGGAAGUGGCGAAAUAUAUUACUUAAGGUGUCUUUUGAACAUAGUACGUGGUCCUACCAGUUUCGAAGACAUCAAGCCUGUCAAUGGUGUAACACACUUGACAUUCAAAGAUGCAUGUUAUGCUCGAGGGUUGUUAGAUGAUGAUAAGGAGUAUAUCGAUGCAAUCAACGAGGCAAGUCAAUGGUCUUCUGGUCAUGCAAUGAGAAAACUUUUUGUUAUAUUACUAACAUCAAAUUCAAUGGUAAGACCUGAAUUUGUUUGGAAUGCUACAUGGCAGUACCUUUUAGAAGAUGCAGAAUACUACCAUAGACGAAUAGCACAAUAUCAAGAUUUGAUUUUGUCAGAGGAAUCAACGAAAAAUUUUGGGUUGAUGGAGAUUGAGAAAUUGUUACAAGUCUAUAAUAAGUCUUUGAAAGACUUUGCACCAAUGCCAUUACCAAACCCAGCUGAUGUAUCAUUGCUAAGUAAUAGGUUAUUGUUGGAGGAACUUUCUUAUGAUCGUGAAGCCAUGGCUAAAGAGAGUGAGAUGUUAACUUCACAACUAACUGAUGAACAACGUGUUGCAUAUGACACAAUUUUGGGAGACGUGCAAUGCAGUAAUGGUGGUCUGUUCUUUGUAUAUGGUUAUGGUGGCACUGGAAAAACAUUUCUUUGGAAGGCUUUAUCAUCAAAGUUGCGGUCUAAAGGUGACAUUGUGAUUAAUGUAGCUUCAAGUGAAAUUGCUUCUUUGCUGCUACCAGGUGGGCGUACCGCACAUUCUAGGUUCUCCAUACCCAUAAUAGUGAACGAGGAUUCAACAUGUAACAUAAAGCAGGGUAGUCACUUAGCUGAAUUGGUUAUCAAGACAAAUUUAAUUAUAUGGGAUGAAGCUCCAAUGAUGCAUAAAUAUUGUUUUGAAGCUCUUGAUAGGACGAUGAGAGACCUGCUUAGAUUCAAUAAUCCUUUAAGUGCUGACAAAACGUUUGGUGGGAAAACAGUUGUAUUUGGUGGUGACUUUAGGCAAAUAUUGCCUGUGAUUCCUAAAGGCACAAGACAAGAUAUUGUUGCCGCAACUAUCAAUUCUUUGUAUUUGUGGAAUAAUUGUAAAGUUUUGCGGUUGACAAAGAACCUCCGUCUAAAUAGAAUAGAACAUGGUGUGCAUCAGUCUGAAGUUGAGGAGUUUGCUAAUUGGAUUGCAUCUAUUGGUGAUGGAACAAUUGGGGGCCCAAACGAUGGUUACGCAGAGGUUGUUAUUCCAAAUGAUUUGUUACUGCCAUGUAUUGAUGACCCGAUUCAGACAAUUGUUGAUAGCAUUUUCCCGGAUUUUAUGAAUGCUAGGUGUGACCCCAACUAUAUGCAAACUGAGAGUAAAACAUAUUUCAGUUGUGACACUGUGUGUAAGGCAGAUUCAGACAACGAUCACUCUUUGGGCUUAUGCAAUGGUACAAGGUUGGUCAUCACAAGAUUGUCCGAGCAUGUGAUUGAAGCCAAAAUAAUGACUGGUGACAAUGCUGGGAGUUCGGUUUUGAUACCUAGAAUGUCUAUGACUCCAUCAGAAACAAGAUUGCCUUUCAAAUUCCAACGGAAACAAUUUCCAUUGAUGUUGUCAUAUGCAAUGACAAUAAAUAAAAGUCAAGGUCAAACACUCUCUCAUGUUGGGUUGCUACUAAAGAAACCAGUGUUUGUACACGGCCAAUUUUACGUCUCUCCCAUCCUAUUUUUCCGGACAUCCUUCUGCGUACCCGGACUAGGUUGCUACGACGCGAAGAUGGAGCAUCCCGGCGGGGGCAUGUUGCGGCCGGUGCAUCCGAGACUGCUUCCACAGGUAUCCUCCACCCUUACCCUCCCUACCUUCUUUUGGUUUCGUACGCCGCACUUGCUGAACGCCGACGUCGUACCGGCGGAGACACCGGAGGCAGCCCCUGUGCGGCAGCUGGUGCGCCGGAGCGGUGGCUUAUCCCAGCCUUGUAGCGGCACCCUAUGGGUGUGGUUGUAUCCUCCUACUGCUGCUUCGUUGCCGGACUACCAUGGAUGA